AUGGCAGACCUCAACCUCAACGAAAUCCACGACUUCAUGAUCUCCAUCGCCAAAGAAGCAGGCGAACGCAUCGUCGCCGCCAAACCCACAACCUCGGAGUCUGGCUCAAAGAAGAAUUCCGUCGACCUCGUAACCGAAACCGACCGCGCAGUCGAAUCCCUCAUUUCCACCUCCCUGACUUCCACCUACCCCACCUUCUCCUUUAUGGGCGAAGAAACCUACAAACCAGGCGACGUGCUAACCGCGAACCCAACCUUCAUCUGCGACCCCAUCGACGGCACCACAAACUUCGUACACCGCUACCCUUACGUCUGCAUCUCGCUCGGGCUCGCCGUAAACCGCGAGCCGGUCGUCGGCGUCGUAUACAACCCUUUUACGCAAACGCUGUAUUCAGCCGUAAAAGGGCAGGGCGCGUAUUUGAAUCGCACGACGAGAUUGCCGCUAGGAGGCGAGCCGCAGAGGCUGGAGGGGUUGGAUCAGUGUCUUGUGGCAGUGGAGUGGGGGAGUGAUCGCAGCGGGAAUGAUUUUAGGGUCAAGAGUGAGACGUUUAAGCGGUUGGCGGCGACUAAGGAAAAUGGCGGUGGCAUGGUGCAUGGGCUGAGGUCGUUUGGGUCUGCGGCCCUCAAUCUGUGUGGUGUCGCUAGUGGCGGGCUGGAUGUCUACUGGGAGGCUGGAUGCUGGGCGUGGGAUGUGUGUGCUGGAUGGGUUAUUUUGAAAGAGGCUGGGGGGAUUAUGGUGGAUGCUAAUCCGGGGAAUUGGGAGCCGAAAGUUGAGGGGCAGAGGUAUCUGGCGGUUAGAGGAGGAGAGGGGCAGAGGGAGAUUGUAGAGCAGUUUUGGAGUUUGAUUGAUGGGGCGUUUGAGGUUGGGUUGUAG